AUAAAUAAAAUAAUUACUGUACUGUCCUGUGGUGGAUGAGGUUGGUAAGCGAAAAAACCAGCAACAGAGAGCAAGAACAAUGGUUCUUCUCUCUUCCACUCUUUCCUUGCCAAGCCUAUCCCUGUUCAGUUGCAGAGCGGGUGCCUUUGUAAACCAGAAGAAUAGCAGGUUACAUGAGAAAUUCAUUUCAUGUUCUUUCUCUCCUUCAAAACUCGCUUCAUCAGAUGGAUUUUGCAGAAGAGAUUUGCUGCUUUUUGGUCUUUCUUCUUCGCUAUCUCUACUCUUCCCCUUUUCAGGAACCCUUGCUGAGGAAGAUCUCAAAAUGGCCCCUUUCGUUGAUGAGAUAAAUGCUUAUACCUACUUGUACCCAGUAGAGUUGCCAUCUAACAAGUUCGUUUUCAAAUGGGUGGAAUCUAGGAAGCCAGAACGGUACUCGUCAGCAGCUCCAUUAUCGCCUAAUGCACGCCUGCGUAUUGUGUCAGAACGUGUUGACAUAAUUGACAACCUCAUAAUUUCCGUCGCAAUAGGUCCCCCAAAUUUUCAAUUUAUAAAAUCAAAGGAUAAGAGUACAUGGACAGCCAAAGAUGUCGCUGACUCUGUUUUGUCUGACAAAUCUGCAUUGCGGGUCACUUCAAGUCAACGCAUGGAAGAGAGUUCAGUGCUUGAUGUGCAUGGUAGUGAAAUUGAUGGUGAGCCAUAUUGGUACUACGAAUAUCUGGUUCGCAAAUCACCUACCAAAACUGCUCCGGAAGCAAACCUUUUCCGACACUAUAUAACUUCAACAGCGGAAAGAGAUGGAUAUUUAUACUCGAUAAGUGCUUCAACCCUUAACAAGCAAUGGAGCAAGAUGGGGCCGUUGUUGGAAAGAACUGUGUCUUCUUUUCGUCUUCUUCCUCUCACAGAUGACUAUGUUCCUCCAUACAAAGAUCCAUGGAGAUUUUGGUGAUUUGUUUUUCUUUUCUUUGUCAAUUUUUUCUCAUGUAAUCUUGUUGGUAAUAACAAAUUCAGUUUUACUUUCCCUUUUUAUGAUGAGGCAUGCUGGAUAUUAUAAUGAGUUUUGUGAUUAUAGGGUUCUUGUUUCUAA